AUGGCCUUUUCAGUAGUACCUGGCCUUGGACAACGGUAUUGCGAGAGUCCCGCAGUCCGUCGAGAAUGGCGGGAUCUCCUCUCGCAAGAAAAGGCUGCCUACGUCGAUGCAGUGAAGUGUCUUACCGAGGAGCCAUCAAUACUGACAGGAAAUGGAAGCCUGUUCGAUGAUUUCUCGUACGUCCAUAUGAACAUUGGCAUACGAACACACUGGUCAGCCGCAUUCUUCCCAUGGCAUCGACUUCUGCUCCACGUCUUUGAGACGCUUCUUCGCACGCAUUGUGGAUAUCGCGAACCAUUACCCUACUGGGAUUGGACACUAGACUGGCUGGAUGUGGCCGCGUCGCCAGUUUUCGAUCCCAGCCUUGGGUUUGGGGGAGGCGGCGACCCCAACGUGCCCAGCGCAGUGGGCAACGAUAGUUUUUGCCUCCAGGACGGUCCAUUCGAGACAUUCACUGUAUCAUACGCCGAGGGUCCUCUACACUCGCCUCACUGUUUGUCACGAUUCGACUUCAGCAAAACCGGUACGACUGGCGUCAAUCCAGCGAUGAUCCGCUCGGUGCUCGAAUUCCCGUCUUACGAUGGCUUUCGCAACGCAACCGAGACUGUACACAAUUUGAUCCACCGAGCCGUGGGGGGAGACUUUGCGACUUGGGCAUCGCCGAAUGAUCCGAUAUUUUACCUUCAUCAUGCUCAGUUGGAUAGGAUGUGGUGGCAGUGGCAGUAUUAUUCGCCCCAAAGGCGACAAGAGUAUUGUGGAUCUCUUAGCCCCGAGACGCUGCAAAGAGCAUCAAUUAAAGACCUACUGUCGGUAGGCAAACUUGGGAAAGCGAUGCCAGUCGAGGAGGUCAUGGAUACACAAGGCAACCUACUCUGCUAUACAUACCAAACAGAAAGGGACGACACGGUAUGA